UCAGCUGUUUAUUGUUGUGGUGAAUUUUAACCUCAAAGUCCAUAUUCAUAAAUGAAAAUCUUUUUAUAUAACCGGAUAUCAAUGUAAAUAUGAGUUGCUAGUGUCUGAAAAUGAAUUCUGUCUUGAAUAAUCGUGUCCUGCCUGUGUCGAUAGUGAAUUUAUGUCGUACUUUUAAGACCAAAGUACCUCGGGUGAGAUUCGCCCCUAGUCCUACGGGAUAUCUCCAUUUAGGUGGUCUGAGGACCGCUUUGUACAAUUAUUUAUUUGCUAAGUCUCGUAAUGGUUCGUUUAUACUUAGAAUCGAAGAUACCGAUCAGACGAGGAAAGUGGAAGGCUCGGUGAAAGCGUUAUUGAAAGAUCUGAAGUGGGCAGGGAUUGAGUGCCACGAAGGCCCUGGGAUCGGUGGCAAAUAUGGUCCGUACGUGCAGAGCGAAAGACUUCCAAUAUACCAAGAACACAUUUCCAAACUGCUAGAGAAUGGUUCAGCAUACAAAUGCUUCUGUACUGAGCGGCGGCUCAACUUACUCCGGAGAGAUGCAGUCAGAUCCCAGCGUAUACCAAAGUACGACAACCGGUGCCGCAGUCUGUCUGAAGAGGACAUCAGUGAAAAGAUCGGGGCUGGCACACCUUAUUGUAUUAGAUUUAAGCUAUCUUCAGACUGCUCAGCAUUCGAAGACCUGAUCUUCGGCGGGAUAGCGUACGACGUGUCUCUCAACGAAGGUGACCCUGUUCUAAUGAAGAGUGACGGCUACCCCACGUAUCACUUCGCCAAUGUGGUGGAUGACCACCUCAUGGAUGUCACACAUGUGUUAAGAGGCGUGGAGUGGCAGAUAUCCACUACGAAGCAUCUACUAAUCUAUAAAGCAUUUGGAUGGACGCCGCCGCAGUUUGGGCAUCUCCCUUUGAUCGUGAAUGCAGACGGCACCAAACUGAGCAAGAGGCAGAGUGACGUGAAAGUAGAAGACUACAGAAAUAAUGGAAUAUUCCCCCUGGCUUUGGUGAACUACAUCACGCUGUCCGGAGGAGGUUUCGACCACGUGCCGGGCGCCGGCGUCCGGCUGAAGUCAAUGGACGAGCUUGCUGAAGAGUUCCAAAUCGACAGGAUAUCCUCGCACCCUAGUCGUCUCAACCCAGACCUCCUUCAAGAAUGCAACAGACUGGAGAUCAGGCGGCAACUACAAGACGACCAGCUCUCCCAAACAUUGGUGGCCAAGCUCCAGGAUUUGAUCAAACACACCUACCCCUCACAGACCUUAGACAUUGAGAAAGAACAUAUAAAAACUGUGUUGAAUUGGGCUGUGGCUAGGAUAUCAAAGAUUGAAGAUUUAGUGUCUUCCAAAUUCGGCUUUCUUUGGAUUCUUCCUUCAAAUAACCAAAUGGAUAUCGACAAAGAUUUGUUACAUCGGUUAGUUGAAUACCUCGAAACGCAAGAGGUGUUUGAAGAACCCGUUUUAAAGGAUAAGCUUAGAGAGUUUUCUAAGAACAACAAUAUAAAGUUUCCGGAGUUGAUGAAGAUAUUGCGUUCGGUGCUAAGCGGACUAAACGAAGGGCCGGGAGUGGCUGAAAUGAUGCACUUGUUAGGGAAAAGUCAGUCGUUGGAAAGAAUAAAGGCGGUUGUGCGGUAAGAAGUUUGUUUUAUUUUAU